CUCAUUACUUAGAAGUACACGGGAAAGUCCCUUCAGCUGUAGCUUAUUGUAAGCGCUGUACAAGUGUAUCCCAACUGCCAACUCUACUUAUCUGCUGCAUUAUUUCUGUGAAAGCUAAAGCCGUGCAUGGAACAGAUGCUUGGAAUGGCUCCAAAAAAGGCAAAGAAGAAGAUAGAAGGUGGUUCCAAUGUAUUCUCUAUGUUUGAACAAACCCAGAUACAGGAGUUCAAAGAGGCUUUUACCAUCAUGGAUCAGAACAGGGACGGUUUUAUUGACAAAGCAGACUUGAGAGACACAUUUGCUGCCCUAGGUCGUUUGAAUGUCAAGAAUGAAGAGCUAGAAGACAUGGUAAAGGAGGCGCCAGGUCCUAUUAACUUCACUGUCUUUCUUACUAUGUUUGGGGAAAAGCUGAAAGGCACGGACCCAGAAGAAACCAUUCUGAAUGCUUUUAAGAUUUUCGACCCAGAAGGAAAAGGCCACAUAAAGGCAGACUACAUCAAAGAAAUGCUUAUGACACAGGCAGACCGGUUCAGUCAAGAAGAGAUCAACCAGAUGUUUGCUGCUUUCCCUCCAGAUGUCUCUGGUAAUCUUGACUAUAAGAACCUCUGUUAUGUUAUCACCCAUGGUGAGGAGAAAGACUAAAAUGAAAGCUGAGCUCCUGCGAUGAUGCACCAAGUUAUUUCAUUAUACU